GGUUCUGACCAGUUCUGGAGAACUGGUAGCGGAAAUUUUGAGUAGUUCGGAGAACCGGCAAAUAUCACCUCUGGCUGGCCCCAGAGUGGGGUGGGAAUGGAGAUUUUGCAGUAUCCUUCGCCUGGAAGUAAAAAACUUCCCUCGAAGUAAAAAAAAAAGUAGUAAAAAAUUUGGAUUUCACCCGGGGGGGCGGAGCAUGACAUUGUGCCAAAGUAAAGGUCUUUUUAUGCUUAGACCUAUCAAGGUUAUUUAUGCCAUAGAGAAGGCAGAGUACCUGAUGGAUUUACUGUCAAUAAAGUUUAGGGUCCUAGCUAGAUUCGAUUGAUGCUCUGUCUUUGCCACAUGCUGUUUAAUAAGUACUUUGGCCUGAUCCUAGCCAAUACUGAGUAGAAGAUCUAGAGAGAAGUCAAGAAUGAGAUUUUAGUUGUCACAGCCUGUUUCUUUGGGGAUUGGAAAUCAUAGUAAUGGGUCAAAAAAGAAAUAAAAAAUAAGAAUAUAGUAAAAAAUAAAAAUAUGAAGAAAUGAUUUUCCUUUCAUCACAAAUAUAAACAACUUUAGUAAUUUAUCAUUUUUCUUAAAAUACCGUACAACAGAUGGUCUCUUCUUCCAAUAAACAAAUGCAUAAAACAUUUUAUUCCUGAUAUUAACAAAAGUCCAUUAAGAGUUACCAUAGAUAACAACAUAUCCAUUUUUAUCUUGAUCAAAUAACCUAACUUUAUAUUGCUUCCUUACACUUCUAGACAUUCUUGCUCUUUAGUUCCUUCAAAUAAUGUCAUGGAACUUGAUUUUACUUUUUCCAGGUUCAUCAUUUGUAUAUCUCUUUUAGUUAUUAAGAUCUCUACCAGUUUCUUUUGUAUGUUGAGUGUAGUAUCUUUUUCCAUGUAAUUUGUGUAGUCUUGUUAUUUUUAAAUCCACUUUCAACUCAAUCUCAAUCAGGGCAGAUUAUUCUUUUAUAACAUCUUUUAAACUCAGUACAUUUAUAAUGGCAUACACUCUUAAAAUUAAUUUCUGGGUCCAUUGUUCAAUAUGUCCAAUAUUGAAAUAUUUUGUUUUAUUAGUCAGAUUUGAGUCUUCUUUUCCUUUAAUUAUAAUCUUUAGUUACUUCUAGUUCCCUCUAGUGUCUAAUAUUUAAAGUCUUAUGUUUUUUUAAUGCAUUAAAAGCAAAAACAUUUUCCAGGGGAAAGGAUUCUUUAAAAUGAAUUCCAAAAUCUUAUUUCAAAGUUAUAUGGACCCUUAGUCUAUUUCUUUCUAAAAUCAAAGUUUUAAUCACCCCUUUGCUGUAUAGUCCAUAAAAUAAAGUCCUUAAACUUUCAUUUAAAACUUCUUUUGCUAAGGAUUGAAGAAAACUCAACUGGUGCUAUAAAACUUGUCAAUACAAAGCUUCUUAAUAGCUGAAAAGCAGUCAAGAAGCAAUUUCAAGAAAUAAUUAGAAAAAAAAGAAAGUGAAGCCAGUUUCUUAAAGAUGCCAACCAUGGGUUGAGCAAGAUGGAUAUUCCUUUGUCUCAGUCUUGAAUGGGUACAGACCUCUGUACCCAUUCAAGAUUGCUGUCUUGCAUUCUAUUCACAGGGAGCAACUGUCUGGAGUACUUGUGAAUGAUCUUCUGUCCUUUCCUUGUCCAGAAAGGAAUUGUGAAGGCCCAGUUUACUCACCAGCUCUUCAUUCCGCCAUGGUCAUUGGCUCUGCUUUUUAUGGAGUUCUCUUCAAUUUGCCAUUUCUUCCCUGGAAGUCUGAAAAGAAAUAUAUUAUUGAAGAUACCAGACUUGGAGAUUAAACUUGGAGAAUGUAUAGCAAUGGCAAAAUUAGCAGCACAACUGAAGGUUUAACAAAAUUUAAGAAUGACUUCCAUACCAGUGCAUAAUAUACAGCAAGGAAAAUAUAAGUGUCUAGAGCAAAAGAUUUGAAAUCAGAGAUACAUUUUUAACGUCUAUAAAUAUUGAACAACAGUCAGAGUAUGACAAAGAGGUUAUUGGAAACUAACAUUUAUCCUACAAUAUUGUAGUGGUUUUUUUAAUGUUCUUUAUGUUCUGGAUAUUUGGCACUUAUUUUGGCAAGUCAGAGAUUUAAAUUCUAUAUUGUUAAAAUAUUGUAUUUAAUGUACUUAAUUUAAUUUUGUAAGGUUAAUUUCUAAUUUCUGUAUAUACUUCAAUAUAUUGUAUUCCUCUACCAACUUUAAUAAUAGAAAAAAAAUUAAAUAAAAUAUAAAUAAAAUAUAAAAAAUUAAGCCAGAUUAUUCUCAGAUUCUGUUCUCAGAGCUGUUUCUAUGUCAGAGAAGCCGUAGUCAAGGAACAUGGACAAAUAAUUUCCUUAUACCCCAGUGCCUCAAACACCUGUUGUGCAACUUCAGUUCAUAUUUGCAGUCUUUAUUUGCAUUAACAAUAGAUUUUUAUGGCUCUGACCUAUAUUAUUGCCUGAAAUGACAUCAUCUAAAAGAGAGAUGAGGAAUAAGAAAUUUUCAGGACUGGAUGGAAUCAAACUCCCCUUUCCUAUAUUGUUAGAUUUUAAUUUCAAUAUUAUUGUACAAACUUGGAAGAUGAAAUGGACAGGAUAUGUUUUCCAAUGUGCAAAAACAAACAAACAAAAAAACCCCAUCAGUUCUCUCAUAGCUGGAGGCAGAUGGAAAAAUAAUUCCAGGUGAAUCCCUUACAAUCUAUUAUGAACUUAAAUUUACGCGAAGCAAAAUCAUUUCCCUACACAUAACUUUAUGUAAUGUUGUAGAAAUUAUUUCUUUGUGAUUUUUUUUUUCCAUGAAUGAGUAGAGUGUGAAGAACUAACAUGAUUAAAACUGGAUUUGAGCACUUACUGGCUUCCUGUGGCUAUUAAGUAAUAACAGUAACAGCUGUUGCUCUUCCCAUUAGUGGAGAAAGUAAAGAGCUUUUUUCUUUAAAGGAUGUUUGCGUGUCAGGCUACAGGAGAAAGCUGCUGUGUCUGAUGGAAUAUGGGUCCCCAGUCAGAGGGCAAGAUGAAAGCAUGGUCCUUUAUCAUUCUGUGGGCAUUUACAAUCCUGUACUUGGUUUCAUACACGGAUGCCUUUUCCCAUGGGGCCAGCCUUUCUGCCUGUUCUGAUAUGAGACCCAAACAUAUCCGAGCUCACCUUCAGAAUCCUCAGAAUAAUUACAUCACCAUCCACACCAACACUUCCUUUUCUCCAGGGGACAAGGUACCAGUUACAAUCAGGAGUUCACGUGAUUUUAUGGGCUUCAUGCUUCAAGCUCGCAGGGUUCUGAAUGACCAAAUAGCCGGCACAUUUGUAUACAUUCCCCCUGGCUCCAAACUGCUGACUUGUUUUGAAGAUGGUGACACUGUUACCCAUUCAGACAAAUCACUUAAGAGGAACUUGUCUUUUGUGUGGAAAGCACCAGAUCAGCCUAUAGGAGACAUCAGAUUCUUUUUAUCAGUUGUUCAGUCGUACUUUGUUUAUUGGGCAAAUCUUGAAUCGUCAACUGUUUCUCAACAAAUACAGAAUAAAACAAUUACUGAAAAUAAUGAUGUCUCCAGUACAAUUAAACCAGCUCUACUCCAAGAGCUUAUUGAUCUGAAAGGAACAUUCACUGUAGGAAAAAGAAAUUCUGCUCCUGAUGCCAUUGUAACUCCAUUUGCGAUGUUUAUACCCACCACCAGCCUGAUUCGAACUGAAGCAACCCUGGCUUUGGAUUCAACUUCCCAUGGAAAACAAGCCUCUGAUGUUGGCAUCACUAGAAAUGUUCUUUCUGGGUCCUUCGUAGACAGGGUCACUUCGCAUGACAUAAUGCUCAGUAAUGGAACAGAGAAAAAUGGUGGCUUCACUCUGGAAUCAUCCCUUCAGCUUCAGGAUCUGAAUUUCAGAAUGCAAGAUUAUUUUUCCAGUGCAAACAAUAGGACAGAAACUGCUUCAAGUAUUCCCAUGUCUCUUUCGUGUCUAACAUGUAAGAAAAGCAUCCAGGAGACUUUGAUGACACCUACUCCAGAUGUAACUAAGUCUGCACCUCCCAUUACAACUUCACCAUUGGUCAAGUUUUGGGACUCUCCAAUGCCAGAAGAUUUGGACAGAGAAGAGAAUAGAGAUGUUUACCGAAGUUUAUCGGCAGUUUCAAGACAGGAGAAAAACUUGAAAGAAGAACCAAUGACACAGAAAGUUCCACUAAAUUUUUUACCCCAGGCUGAAUUUCCCACAUCUGGGCAGGAGACAUACGAUCAGAAGGAGGUUCCUAGGAACACACCCUUAAAAGUAACAAGGAUAAAACCCCAAGCUGCUGUUUCUGGAGUGGGAAAAGAAAAGUCACACAAAGAGUCACGACUUGUAGCAGCUCAGCUUGGAGUUCUCCUUGGCUGCUCUGCUGUCCUUGGCAUGAUACUAGCUGUUGGCCUCCGCUGCAUCCAUUCCCAGUAUUGUCAUAAGCGGACUGAAGUGUCUUUUAGUGAGCCAGAUAAUAAUGUUAUCGCACUCCAAGAUAGUGGAGAGAUGAUGCACUUCAGGAAGAUACGAGAAAAUAGCUUUGUCCUGGUGCAGGCAGAGUACAACUGGGUCAGCCCUUCGAGCAGUGUUAAAAAAGCUGUUAUGUAGAGAGUCGGUUCAUUGUGAUAUUAUUGAUAUUGUUCUUUUAUAGGUGAAGUGUGUUUAUGUAUGAUAAAUAUUACUAAGAACAUAACAAUAUGACUAAUUGCAUAUAUUCAUUUAAGUGAAUACAAUCAAAACAUGCAUGCUUUAAUUAUAUUACAGCGGACUUUUAACUAUUUGAUAUGUGUUAUAAAAUGGAAAUGUUCUCAGUUUCAAAUGUCGCACAUUUUUUUGUUCGAAGUAUUACAGCCAGUGGUGGGAUUAAAGUAAUUUAACAACCGGUUCUCUGUCCUAAUGAUUUAUUCCAACAAACUGCUCAGAAAGUUAACAACUGGUUCUCCCGUAGUGGUGCGAACUGGUUGAAUCCCACCACUGAUUACAGCUAAUACCGCAUACUUAUUAAAAUUAAUUCUGCAGUCAUUGUUGUUUUGUUGAAGCAUUUGAAUGCUACGAGUAACAAGAACUGCAAUUAAACAUUGCCUCUUAGUUAGUCUUUACAAAAUAAAUAAAUAAAUAAAUAAAGUUUU